CAUUCCAGUUGUUAGGUGGGAUGUGUUUCAGGCACACCGGAUGUGUUACUCAAGAAUUGUGCCAUAAUUACAUGAACAUUAAAAGGUGUUCAAAAGUUUUGAAUUAACUUUUUUGCGUAGAUCUCGCAAACUGUACUCAGGCACGUAUUUUCCAGGUGUACGGGUGUUGUGUUUUCUCCCUGAAGUGUGUCUUCUUGACUUGAGAGUCAAAGUUUUUGCAGUUGAAUUGUUGAGUUGAAUUGAAUUGAAUCUUGGUCACCAACUGGGAGAGGCUUGGGAAGGCCUUGUGGUUUCGGUGUGGAGUUGUAGCCAUGGCCGGGAAUUUUGACGCCGAAGACCGUAACAGCUGGUACUGGGGGAGGCUUAUUCGCCAAGAGGCAGUAUCACUUCUGCAGGGACAACGACAUGGAGUGUUUAUUGUCAGAGACUCAGUUACGAGCCCCGGUGACUAUGUGCUCUCCGUUUCUGAGAAUUCCAAAGUAUCUCAUUACAUAAUCAACAGCAUCAGCAACAAUCGACAAUCUGGAACAAAUCAAGCCCCUCCUCGUUACCGUAUCGGAGACCAGGAGUUUGAUGGUCUCUCUGCCCUUUUAGAGUUUUACAAGAUUCACUAUCUGGACACCACUACCUUGAUUGAGCCUGCCAACAAGGCCAAGCAUGCUGGAUUAGUGAGCAGCGGUGCAUCCGGGGGGCCACAAAAGUCAGAUGAGGUGGAAUAUGUGCGCGCCGUCUUUGACUUCCCCGGCAAUGACGACGAGGACCUGCCAUUCCGGAAGGGGGAUGUGCUCCGGGUAAUCGAGAAGCCAGAGGACCAGUGGUGGAACGCAGCCAAUCUUGACGGUCGUCAGGGCAUGAUCCCAGUCCCCUAUGUGGAGCGUUACCGCCCUGCUUCACCAACUGGUGCAGGCCAAACGCUGCUCACUGUGCUGGGAACACCUGUCACGGGGGCGUCCGAUGGCGCAGGGGGAGUGCCACCCACGCAGUUAGACUACGCUCAGCCUGUGGUGAACACGCCUUUGCCCAACCUCCAGAAUGGACCAGUAUAUGCCAGGGCAAUACAGAAGAGAGUCCCAAAUGCUUACGAUAAAACUGCUCUUGCUCUAGAGGUAGGGGACACGGUGAAAGUCACCAAGAUCAAUGUGAAUGGCCAGUGGGAAGGCGAAUGCAAGGGCAAGAGAGGCCAUUUCCCCUUCACCCAUGUCCGCCUUCUAGACCAGCAACACCCGGAGGAUGAGAGCUGAGAGAUGGCACAUGCUCUUCCAUAUACUUACUUCCUGCAGGACCCUGCUGUACUGUAUGAAUGUCAGGCCCAGGCCCUCCCCAUCACAGCCCCUGCCCUCCCUGGGCAAGUUGUGAGUACAGAUGGCAUGGAGACACCCUCUGGUUCCUCUCACCACUUCAGUAUUCAGCAGCCAACUUUCUAAACCCCCCAACACACACACACACACACACACACACACACACACACACACACACACACACACACACACACACACACACACACACACACACACACACACACCCACCCUACACAGAAUCACAUUUCCAGUCAUCAUGUGCACAUACUCAAUAUGUAAUUGUGAACAUCGACCCCUUUUGCCAACAUUUCCACUUUCGAUGAAGAUAUCAUACAGCGCACAUAGAUAGACUUUUAAAAAGGAAAAAAAAAAUAGCAGGAGAAUGAACAGAGACGGGAGAGGGGAGAGCCUGGCGUAUCCUCUGGCUUUCUGGUGGAGAGAGACUAGCAAUACCUUUCACAGCAUAAUAGGAUUCUAUGGUCUAAGGUCCAAACACUACAGACUGCCUGUUUAAUGUUUUAUUAUUGUUUUUUGUAUUGAAAAGAUGGGAAAUAAUAUGAUAACAUUAUGAUAUUAUAUAUAUAUAUAUAUAUAUAUAUAUUAGUACAUAGCGUUAUUUUCUAAACAGUACGUUCACGUUUUCAAUAGUUUUGUGUUAUCAUGGUUAUGCCCCAAUUUAUUUAGACCAAAUGCCAAUUUUAUGAUUAUUUUUGGCGCCAUUAUGUCAGAGAACUUGUUUGAGAAUAUCGUUAUGAGAGUUUCCUUGAAGGCAAAGCUAUUCUGGAUCUCUGAGUACAGUCAGUUGAUCACAACAACUGUCUGUUGUCAGCUCUGACAGCAAGUGGCAGGCAACCAAACUGUGACUAAAGAACAUUUUUUUCUCACUUCCAGUUCUUUAUUAGUAUAUUUAUAUAUAUAUAUAUAUAUAUAUUCCCUCUUGUCCCAAUUCCCUUUUCCUCACUUCUGUAAUGCUUGGUCUUUUAUGUUUCCAUCUCUUUCCUGUGCCAAAGACAGAUGUGUGUACCGUCUUUGACGUUUAUGUACCAUGAGUGACAUGUUGUUACUUGCCCCAGUAAUGCAAACAUUUAAUGCUAAUGUGAGUAUUAUUUAGAUCCAUGGUUAUAUUUUUGUUUUUGAACACACUUGGUGGUAUACUGGUGGUCUCCCCCUGGAGGUAUGUUUGCCCUCCAUUGCUGCUGAGUCAGUGUGAGGUCCAGUGUGUUCUAAGGGGUUUUGUGUGACAGACGAGACAGACACUAACAGCUGCUGUCCCCGGACUGUCCCUCAGGUCUGCUGUCUCCACCGAGGAGACUCUGCUAGAGAUUAAAGGUGACAACCAGCCAGGGUUGGACGACAUUAUGCAAUACUUAUCGGAAGAGGUGCUGUGUAACAAAUAAGGCAUGUUGAAACAUUGGAGUUUUUUUAUAUAUAUAUAUGUAACACUUGAAUGAGGUCAAGUUCCACUUGCUAAUAGCUCAUCUACCCAGGUUGUAUUUUUUUCAAGGUAAAAAAGUGUUUUCUUCAUUGGGAAAAGGGAUAACUGAUUAUGAUGUUACACGUUACAGCCUAACUUAGUAGAGAGUCUUAACUGGGCAAAAGAGGCAUAUUGGUUUUGUCCUCUACCUCAUUGUGGAUAUGGGAAUCAAUCGUGUUCCUGAUUUGAUGUGAGUGAUCUCAAUGGACCAAUUCAUAGCCACUGCCUCAACCACAGUUUUUACCUUUUAAUUUCAACAUGCUGCACCAAAUUGGAUAGACAUAACAAAGUGUUAGACAUGAUCAUAUCCCCCAUUGAAAGUGAAUGUAUGAUGCCCCUUGAGAAUUUAAUAAUUGUACUCACUUUGGUUGAAACUAACCCUAUACUACAAACCAUCAAAACAUACAUCGAUUAGCAUGUAUACCAAGAUGUAGGUUGGUCUGUGGUAAUGUUACUCACAGAAAAAAAUGUAAACACAGUAAAAUUGAUUGCUCUAUUCAGUUGCGAAGCUUGAAGCAUUAAGCAUAAUCCAAAGGUGGAUUUUGUGCAUGUAUAUAAACAUGUAUAGAUACAAAAUAAUGACAGUUUCUUGUUUCAGACAUCCCACCAUUUCAGAAAUAGAAUUUAAGAUUCUCCAGAAAAUAGUUAGAAGCUAUCACAGUUAAUUUUUUUGUUUUCAAAACAAUUUGUCGACACCCUCAUAUUUGACUAUGUUCAUCUGUGUGUUUCUGAGUAAUUAUCUGGUCAUACGUGACCACAUCACCCUGCCUCCACACCAUGUUUGCCUCUGUGUAAUCUUUCUGUUAACCACUUCACAAAUGAAUCAUUGGCUGGGGAAGAGACUGGCUGAUAGCACAGCGAAAGAAACGGCUUUCAGUCGAAGGCCCUCUGUUUCCACUAAAGGACACUACAUUUCUGUUGAAGGAAAGACAGAAAAGGAACUUUAUGGGAUCCACGGAAACAUGGACACACUUCUUUCAUUCUGUUUACUUUGUUCUUAAAUUACUGUGUUGAUAGGGAAAAAACUAAUCACUAUGCUUCCAGUUUCCAGUUCCAUUGGUUGAUGUCCCCUAUAGAUCAGAAGAGUUUUCAGAAAAUCACUGUUCAGAUAAACUCUCCCUUAACAGCAAUAAUUUGAAUUGUUGGAAUUUUCAUGUGGUUUGGCUGAAUGUGUCACAGAUUCAUUGAAAUAUCAAGGUAGUUACAGUGUUUUAUCCCAUAUUGUUUCUUGUGAUGUCUCAUAUUGACACUUAUAUCAUGUUCCCCAUUUCAAUAUGCACCCAGCUUUGUCCUGAUUCAUCAUCACUUGAUAAUGCACCUGAUCUCUUCACCCUGCACAGUACUUAUGGCAUUCAUUGUUGAUUUUAAAAAUCAACCCCAUCUUACAGGCUAUUUUGUCAUACAACGUUCCUAAAAUAAGUGCUGAUAUCAUAGGCUAUUGUAAAUUGAAUGUCACGCUUUAUUUUCCGAGGCAUGUAAAGUUUUAACAUACUCAGUAAAUAAAAGCAUAACAUCAUAA